AUGCAAAGAUGCAACUCCUUAGAUGAGAAUAGAAGGCAAAGGACCAACGUUGUUGAAGAGAUGGAUGCAGAACUAGGUCAGGAUACUGACUUUACCACGGGGAGAAUGAUAGUUGUACAAGGACAAGGAGUUCGCCUGACAAGAACUUGCAAAGACCUUCAACAAAGACGAGAAUUGAUUUGCACACUUGAGCGCACACAUGAUGUGCUUAAGGCCUGCAGUGACGUGAUCUGGUACAGUGGCAUCACCUGUGAAAUGUUGAAUGGAGUGACUACCAAUCUUCAGGAUAUUCAGAAAGAAUUUCUCCAAUUGGUCUACAAAGAAACCAUUCUGGUUGGACAUUCCCUGGAGAAUGAUUUGUUGGCAUUAAAGAUUUCUCAUUGCCUGGUGAUUGAUACAGCAGUAUUGUACAAGCAUCCCCGUGGUGGAUCCUAUAAAACUGCACUUCGUAUACUCACCAGCAGAUUCCUUUCCAGGGAAAUACAGGAGUCAGGAAGUGGGCAUGAUAGCAUUGAGGAUGCAAGAGCCGCCAUGGAACUGGCACUGUUAAAGAUUAAACAUGGCAAGUGGAAAGAACAGAUUAAGCUUUUUGCUGGAAAUGGACCUGGUUUUGGUUCUCCUCAAUCAUUCAUGCGGAAGAAGCUCCUUACAGUCUUAAGUGAAAGUGGUAAAGCAACCAGUUUGAUUGAUGAUAUUUCCAUAGUGAAGCGUUAUGCUUCUGAGUCAUCCCAUAGCAUUCCGGUAUUCUCAGAUGAUGAAGCCCUUUCAAAGGCCAACAAAGAGGUUAGAAAUGACAAGGUACAGUUUGUCUGGGCCCACUUCUCUGAGUUGAACUCCUACUUAAAGAAACAAGCAGAGGAUGUGGAAAAGUUUAAUGGAAAGCUUGCAGAGAUGAUAUCCUUGCUUACAUGUAAUAAGAAGUCUGCUGGAAGAAAAGGCAUCAAAUACAGUGUGACAUCAGAACUUAAGGAAAUUCUAAUUCGGUUGGAUGCUAGAGUUAGAAGCCUCCAUUCCAGUUUGCCUGCCAAUGCCAUGCUUAUUGUCUGUACUGGUCAUGGGGAUACUGCAAGUGUUCAGAGAUUGAGAAAAAUGCUUACGGAGCAGACUGAGACUGCAAUGUGCCGUGAGAAACUUGUAAAGGUCUUGGAAGAAAUGCAGGCCCAAGCUGAAGUGGGUUUAUGUUUUGUAGGUGUGAAGCAUUGA